AUGUCUCCCACCAACGGCGAGAAGCAUACCCUGGCCCCCGUGUUCGGCACGAAUGGCCAGAUCACCCAGCUCCUGGACCCUGAGCUCUGGAACCGGUUCAAGGACCUCGACCAGUCUGGCAAGAUCUGCGCCGAGUACGUGUGGAUCGGCGGCACCGGGGAGGACCUGCGCUCCAAGACCCGCGUGCUCGACUCCGUGCCCAAGUCCGCGGCGGACCUCCCCGACUGGAACUACGACGGUUCCUCCACAGGCCAAGCCCCCGGCGACGACUCGGAGGUGUACCUGAAGCCUCGUGCCAUCUACCGCGACCCCUUCCGCGGCGGCGACAACAUCAUUGUGCUGACCGACGCCUACGAGCCGCCACGCGUGCAGCCCGACGGCUCGGUCAAGCCCCCGGUGCCCAUCCCCACCAACACGCGCGCGGCGUGCGCGGAGGUGAUGGAGAAGGCCGCCUCGCACGAGCCCUGGUUCGGCAUCGAGCAGGAGUACACGGUGCUGGACGCGCGCACCAAGUGGCCCCUGGGGUGGCCCACCAACGGCUUCCCGGGGCCGCAGGGCCCCUACUACUGCGCGGCGGGGUCGGGGUGUGCCAUCGGGCGCGACCUGAUCGAGGCCCACCUCAAGGCCUGCCUGUAUGCGGGGCUGAACGUGUCGGGCGUGAACUCGGAGGUCAUGCCCAGCCAGUGGGAGUACCAGGUGGGCCCCGUCACCGGCAUCGACGGCGGCGAUCAGCUGUGGAUGUCGCGCUACAUCCUGGUGCGCUGCGCAGAGCUGUACAACGUGGAGGUCACCUUCGACCCCAAGCCCAUCCCGGGCGACUGGAACGGGACGGGCGGGCACGUCAACUACUCCACCAACGAGACGCGCGCCAAGAACACGGGGUGGGACGCCAUCCAGAAGCAGGUGGAGAAGCUGGGCAAGCGCCACGCGGUGCACAUCGCCGCCUACGGCGAGGGCAACGAGCGCCGCCUGACGGGCAAGCAUGAGACGUCCUCCAUGCACGACUUCUCCUGGGGCGUGGCCAACCGCGGCUGCUCUAUCCGCGUCGGGCGCAUGGUGCCCGUGGAGAAGUCGGGGUAUUACGAGGACAGGCGCCCCGCCUCCAACCUCGACCCCUACCAGGUCACACGCCUGCUGGUGGAGACCACCCUGCUCAUGUGA